CCCCGCCGCACCAAUCAACCACUUCAUCUCGCCCACCACACCACACCACACGAACUCGAGCCCUCGCCCCGCCCAAACACAAGCCUCAGAUCUCAGUCACCUCCGCCGCCGCUUCGUUCGUGUGCAGGGGAGAAGAGAGGAAAUGGCGGCGACCGAGGGCGUGCUCCUGGGGAUGGGCAACCCCCUCCUCGACAUCUCCGCCGUCGUCGACGACGCCUUCCUGGCAAAGUAUGACAUCAAGCUGAACAAUGCCAUUCUCGCUGAGGAGAAGCACUUGCCUAUGUAUGAUGAGUUGGCUAGCAAGAGCAAUGUUGAAUAUAUUGCUGGAGGAGCCACCCAAAACUCUAUCAGGGUUGCCCAAUGGAUGCUUCAAACUCCUGGUGCAACAAGUUACAUGGGAUGCAUUGGAAAGGACAAGUUUGGUGAGGAGAUGAAGAAAAAUGCUCAAGCUGCAGGAGUUACUGCUCAUUACUACGAGGAUGAGACUGCUCCUACUGGCACAUGUGCUGUAUGUGUUGUUGGUGGUGAAAGGUCAUUGAUUGCAAAUCUGUCGGCGGCAAACUGUUACAAAUCUGAGCAUCUAAAGAAACCAGAGAACUGGGCACUAGUUGAGAAGGCAAAAUACAUCUACAUUGCUGGAUUUUUCCUUACGGUGUCGCCUGAUUCUAUCCAGCUAGUUGCUGAGCAUGCUGCAGCAAAUAACAAGGUGUUCCUGAUGAACCUCUCUGCUCCCUUCAUCUGUGAGUUUUUCCGUGAUGCCCAAGAGAAGGUCCUCCCAUAUGCUGACUACAUCUUCGGCAAUGAAACUGAGGCAAAGAUCUUCGCCAAAGUCCGAGGAUGGGAGACUGAGAAUAUUGAGGAGAUUGCUUUGAAGAUCUCUCAACUUCCUUUGGCUUCUGGCAAGCAAAAGAGGAUUGCUGUGAUUACUCAAGGUGCCGACCCAGUGGUUGUUGCUGAGGACGGGAAGGUGAAAACAUUCCCUGUGAUCCUAUUGCCCAAGGAGAAGCUUGUUGACACCAACGGCGCAGGUGAUGCUUUCGUUGGAGGCUUCCUCUCACAGUUGGCUCAGGGCAAGAGCAUUGAAGAUUCCGUGAGGGCUGGUUGCUAUGCCGCGAAUGUUAUCAUCCAGCGCCCAGGCUGUACUUACCCGGAGAAGCCUGACUUCAACUAGUGCGAAAACUGAGGCACGUUAUGAGAGGUGGACUGUUAUAGGCACACUUAUUCUUAACCACUGCGUGGUUCGGUGUGUACACACCCUGUAUUCUCCCGAGGCUUUUCUUCCGAUCCGGCCAAUAUUUUUGCCGUGAUAUUUGUCCUGCAACUAUGAACGUCGUCUUUGACGCUGUAUAAGGCAUGUUUUGCCACCAUAGUCUGUUGCUUCGCUGAUGCUUGCAAUGCUCUUGAUCGCA